CGCCGGCCCCCGUUUCAAAGUGGUGAUGCGCGUCCGAGCGUUGUGCGCACCGGCAGGCGAAGGUGACCAAAGUGUCCCCGUCAAAGUGACAGCAGAACUAACGUGACAUUAAGGCAUUGUCCCCUUCCUUCCUCGUAGCGGAGACACUCUGUCUCUGACAGAGACACUGAGUGAGUGAUGCCGAGCGGAGCUUCACACUCCAAGUGACGCACAUGGCGGCAGAGCGUCGGCGAAAGAGCCGCGUCGCGAAGGGCUGAAGCGCUCUGCGGGACUCGACCCAACUUUCCACUGGGGACGUGUUCGUGGCGGACUGCGGCCGCCAGUUACCUGCACCCUUUGGGCUCCUUGGCCCGUGCGUCCUCCGGAGUUGCUUCCUUUCAGCAUGUGUGUGCAGGGUGCUUUUGGGGACUGAAAGCGCCCGUGUAGCCGGACAAGGGACGGGUCCUCGGGGCCCCCCGCUUCGCGGGGCUCUGUGGUUUACCGCUCCCGUUUACCCUUUACCGCUCCCGUUACCUUCAGCGCUCCCACCCGCCGAGCGCACAUGAUGCCGAAAGAGCGCGAGGGAAAGCGCAGCUCUGUGACGGCCGAUGCACCCGCUUUUCCCUCGGCUCCAGAACUGUGACAGGAAAAUAAAACCAAAGGCUAGAAUUUAAAAAAAAAAAAAGAAAAAAAAAAAGUAGCUACAGAAAAAGGAAGAUCAAAACGCAUCUGCGUUACGUACAUGUUCGAUCAGGCGACGAGUAUGGGCGAUGCGGUGGCCGAAGAGCGGAGCCUCCUCACCGGAUCCAACCUGCUGUGUCGGGAUCGGGAUCGGGAUCGGGAUCGGGCGAGAGCGAGAGAACCCAAGUGCCGCGCCGAACCGGGGAGCGGGUCUCCCCGGCAGAACACGGCCGACACCCCGGCGACGUCCGCUUCGACCCCCACUUCCUCGAGCGAGGAGGGCCAGGAGAAACUUUUAGGAGUAGACCCGGAGUACUGCCGGAGGAUUUUAGUGAGGGACGCCAAGGGGACCAUCCGGGAGAUCGUCCUGCCCAGGGGUCUCGACCUCGACCGUCCCAAACGCACGCGAACCUCCUUCACCGCAGAGCAGCUUUACCGCCUCGAGCUGGAAUUCCAGCGCUGCCAGUACGUGGUGGGUCGCGAGCGCACCGAACUCGCGCGGCAGCUCAACCUCUCGGAGACGCAGGUGAAAGUCUGGUUCCAGAACCGGCGCACCAAGCAGAAGAAAGACCAGUCUAAGGACACAGAGAAGCGCUCCUCAUCCACCUCUGAGUCACUAGCCACCUGCAACAUUCUGCGGCUACUGGAGCAGGGGCGCCUGCUGUCAGUGCCUGCACCCCCAAACCCGCUCCUGGCCCCUCACAAGGGCAAUGGCUCCCUCUUGGGCAGCAGCACCAGCGGCAGCAUCAGCAGUAGCAGCAGCAGCAGCAGGAGCUCCUCCACAAUCAUAAGCGGGAGUCACACCAGCACUGGCGCCAGCUUUGGCCUGUCGCUGCCCUCAUUAGGGACCCCACCCUCACCACGGCUGGCUGCUCCACCUCUUUGCUUCUCCUUGCCGAUGUUAGGAGGCACCCACGAACUGGCCACGGGGUACGGUUGUGGCUCCUCAGCUUUUGAGCCAUACACGCGGCUAGAGCGGAAGGAUGAUGAGCUGGGUGGGAAGAAAACCAUCACAUAAAAAAGCCACAGCUGUCCUUCGCUUUCCCUUUGGUUAAAAGGCUCAUGAGAUGGGCUCCAAGGUGAGCGGGCAGUGCCACGAGCCGCCUGUGAUUCCUCUGGGCCGCACCCAUUCAAACUCUCCACCCUCUUCUAUAAACCAAGCAUGUGGGUGUGCGCAAGGCUGUAAAAGGAUAAACUGCUUGCGGUGUUUGUAGGUGAUAUUGUUAUGUGUUGUAAGCCAAGUGUUUGGUGUUGUUUUUUUUUACUUAAAGCCACACCGCUCUGCGAUCUGAUCAGUGCUCACGUUGUCAUUGCCGUGUCUCGUGUUUUCCCCCCUCUCUCUUGUUGCUUUUCCUCACCUUUAGACGCGGUAAAUAUUAUUACCUAAUGCCUGAAGGACAGAGCACAUUUCUAA